CAAGAGGAUUUUGCCUCCGUCUCUUUCGAACCGCGACCAUUUAUAUCUCAACUGGGCAAGACCCGUCGCUUUCUUACGCCAUAGCUCGCUGCCUAACCGGUCGAUCGGUCCGCUAGUUCCCCAGCCCUGAUCCAGGCAAGGAUGACAACCCCUGACUCCCGUGGUACGGGAGACAUGGUCCCAAGCGAAGCCAUGUCCGAAACUGAUCACGCACGGUCCUCGCAAAGCCCUGUCACAGCUGUAGGAUUCCAGCGCGUGCCUCAGAAGGAGUCCUCAUUACGUAGAGCUGGGCUUUUACAACCGCGAUCAUUCCAUCCAGCCCCCGCCAUUCCCUCGCCUGACGCGUACUCGUCCGGGUCAUCUGGCAUCUUUGGAACACCGAUGUCUGUGGCGCACUUCACCCCGCAUUCGCAGGACUCCAUUCGCCAAAACACGAUGGAGUUGAGCGGCAUGGACAUGUAUUCGCCCCCAGCAGGUAGGCCUGGACGGGAUCUCCUGCCUGCCUCAUCCCCUCAAUCGGGCACGCUCUCCGUCCUUCCUGUGCUGCGGAGCGGUUCAGUCACCCCAACCAAUCAAACGACCCGACCGUCAGCCCUGUCUUUACUGCGUCCGACCCAUGACACGUCCACCUCGCCGACGCCCAAUGACGAAGUAGAGUUUGCGCGGAACGAUCCGGUCCCCAUUGCAACUCCACGGACAUCGCUCUCACCGUCACCACCACGGCCGGAACCGAAUCUUGAACCUACAGAGCAGACGCCGCUACUUGCGUCGCCGCCGAAAGUGCGGAAUCUGAAGACAUGGCGGAGUCUAGCUGCAACGACGGCCAGACAGGCUGUCCACGCAGUCCCUGCGGUCAUCUUGGGGUGCCUUCUCAACAUCUUGGACGGGGUAUCAUACGGAAUGAUCAUUUUCCCUACAACCCCACCCUUCGGAGAUCUCGGUCCCAUGGGGGUCUCGAUGUUUUUCGUGUCGUGCGUGAUUGCGCAAGUGAUCUACACAUUCGGUGCCAGUGGCUUUGCCGGUGCCAAUGGCAGUAUGAUGAUCGAAGUCGUGCCGUUCUUCCACAUCUUGGCAGCGACGAUCGCAGGCGAAAUUGGUCUGGAGAAUCCGGAGGAAAUUAUCGCGACAACGCUUGUCGCCUAUGCUUUGAGUUCAGUUCUUACCGGUCUAUCAUUCUUCCUUCUUGGUUACCUCAAAUUGGGGGUACUCAUCGGAUUCUUCCCUCGUCAUAUUCUGGUGGGAUGUAUCGGCGGUGUUGGCGCUUUUCUGUUGGAAACUGGGCUGACCGUGUCGCUGAGAAUUCCUGAGGACGAAUUUACUCUGACAUGGGAGACUUUCAAAUUGGUGUUCUUGGAUAGACACGGCCUCGCUCUUUGGACCAUCCCUCUGGCCUUGGCUAUUUUGUUACGUUUCGUGACAGAAGGUCUGAAGUGGAGACAUCAGCUCGUGUUCCCGCUUUAUUUUAUCGCUAUUCCGAUGCUGUUCUAUGUGAUUGUCGCGGCGGCUCAGCUCAACCUCGGUGAGCUCCGUGAAUCUGGGUGGAUCUUCGAUAUGGCGGAGAAUGCCAAGGAGGAGCAUUGGUACAAGUUCUAUGACUACCUGGACUUCAGCAAGGUGCAGUUUGGCCCUCUGUGGGCUACGAUGCCGACUCAGUUUGCGUUGCUGUUUUUCAACAUCUUGCAUCCUCCUUUGAACGUUCCGGCCCUCUCGGUAUCAUUGAAUGAAGAUGUUGACACAGACAAGGAGCUGGUCGCCCAUGGGUAUUCCAACUUUUUUGCUGGUAUCUUAGGCACGGUCCCCAACUACCUGGUUUACGUGAACACCCUGUUGUUUUAUCGUGUGGGAGGCGGGACGCGUGUUGCCGGCUUCCUGCUGGCGGUAGCGACAACGGCUUUGCUGUUGAUCGGAACCGGACCCAUCGCUUACAUUCCUGUGAUGGUCGUUGGCGCGCUAAUCUUCGUUCUCGGCAUCGAUUUAUGCAAAGAGGCCUUGUGGGAUACUCGGCAUCGUGUUAGCAGAUCUGAAUACAUCACGAUCGUCAGCAUCAUGGUGUGCAUGACUGUGUGGGACUUUGUGAUUGGUGUUUUAUUCGGCAUUGUCGUCAGCUGCUUCUUUUUCGUGGUGCAAAACUCUCAAAGAGCAAGUAUCCGUGCUUUGCACACCGGAGAGACUGCCAUCUCCACCGUCCGACGACCCAGUUCACAACGUGCUUAUAUCAGGGAGGUGUCUAAGCAGACAACCAUCUUACGACUGCAGGGAUUCCUGUUCUUCGGAACCAUAUCGCACGUUGAGGAAACAAUCCGAGCCAUCGUGCAGGGUCCCUCAUGGCAGCAGAAUCCUAUCCGUUUCCUUGUUCUCGAUCUCACCCUGGUCGGCGGCGUUGACAUGUCUUCUGCCGAAGCUCUGGUCCGGGUGCAGCGCCUGCUGUCGGCGAAAUACAUCACCUUGGUGUUCUGCGGGUUUACAGCUGAGUCGUCGAUUGGGAGGGCGUUAGAGAGUGCGGAUGUGCUUGGUACUGAAGGCGUUGAGUUGUUCUCGACCUUCAAUGAUGCCAUGGAGUGGACCGAGAAUGCUUAUCUGCGUGCUUGGUUCAGAUCCCAGAAAGCGGAGACUGCAUAUACUCUACCCGGCAGACGGGAAGUUCCACAAGUGUAUCAGGAUGUGCUUGUGGGAUCCUUUGCUGGCUCGCCGCGCAGAUCGCACAUGAGUGAAGCGGGACACAGAACCUUUGCAAAUGAGAUCCGACCCGCUCAAGACAUAGCAGCCGAACCGUAUAACACCCUCAUGAAAGCGUUUUCAUCAUAUGAAGACGUUUCCCUCGAACAGUUGCAGCCUUUACUUUCUUACUUUGAGCGCAUGUCUGUUCCGGAGGGCCAAGUGCUUUGGAGACAAGACGACCCUGCCGAUGGUAUAUAUCUGAUACAGGAUGGGGUUCUUCGGGCUUCUUACAGGUUCUCGGACCAUUCGGAGGUGAUUGAGGAGUCGAUGGUCCCAGGAACUUUGGCCGGCGAGAUGUCGGCUCUGUCAAAUCUGCCGCGAAACGCCUCAGUCGUGGUCGAGCGCCCUGCGAUUCUCUGGAAAUUGAGCCAGGAAAAUCUGCAGAAACUGGAGGAGGAGCAACCCGCUCUUGCAACCAAGUUUACCCAGCUUGUGCUCAAGGCGGCCAAAAUUGAUACUGAUAUACUGCUGGCUGCAUUGGCCAGCAGACAAUGAUCUAAAUAUUCUUAUUUCUCUCUCUUUUGUAUACGAGAUGACGAACUUGAUGAGGGAUGAUUGGAUGGAUGCAUGGAAUAUAUCCGAGCGUUGUUUGUCGUAUGACAUAGAUCUGGUUCUCUUACCAACAUUGGAAUGGUUACGGAGGAUGAAUGAACGAUAGCUCAGUUUGAGGAUACCGAG